GGGUUUGUAUUUUUCCUCUCAUACGAAAGUUGCUCUAAAGAGUCUAAUGAGGAUUGCUUAGAGGUGACACCGGAUGUGCACUCAUGAUACUAAAUUAACUGCGCGUGUGUCAAGUGAAUUCAGGGGCUAGUGAAGUUCAAGGAAAGUAACGUCAUAAGAGUUAACCGAAUCAAAAACACUACUUGGGUUUCCUGUGGAGUUACCCCGGUGCAUUAUGGGGAAAGUGAUAGAAAAUUUUCCUUUUACAGUAAUUUUCUUUUGGAAGUAAUUUUUAGAACAUCAACAAAAAAAAUGGGAAACGAGCCUCGUAAACUCAUUCUCCACAUUGAUGUCAAUAAUACGAUCCUCGUGGGAGAUUCUAAAACCAAGUUAACAGUCUUAGAGGGGGUCUUAAAUGAGUACAUGACUGAAAUAACUUGGGGUAAUGUUGAUGAAAAUGGCUCAUGGAUUCCAACUGAGGAUCCAAUAUCCACAAAACCAACAAACUUAGAAGCCCAAUCUUACUACAAAUACGCCGAAAAGAAGUUUGAAAUGGCAGGGAGAGAAAGACGGGAGUUCAAAGAGCAUGUUAGGAGGUUUACUCUUCACGAUGUAGGGAAACGAUUUCGACCACACGUCGAGAAAGUCAAGGAGAAUUUGAAGUUCAAAGGGAAUUUAUCUGAGAGUGAAUUCCAAGUUCUCGAGCCGUUAUUUAUGAAAGAAGAAGAUGGACUUUAUUAUCGUAUCAUUCCAUCUUAUUUUAAACUGCUAAAUCAUUUGUUGGAAAAUAAUAGGGAUUUUGCAGUUAUUCUUAGGACUUUUGGUGGAGAUGGUCAAGUUGCUCUUAAUGCAACUAAACUUUACACAGAAAGUUUGCACCCUGACAUACAGUUCCCCUCUUCUAAGAAUUUCUCAGUAAAUUUGAAUCCAGGGGAAAUAUUACCUUUUGAUAAGGGAAUGCUCAUAAGGACGACCAAUGGUAGGGAAUUGUCCACAUAUGAGGAAAUUUAUAAAGAGUUCAGUACGUCAAUUGGAGUACAACUAUAUCAGGACAGUUAUGAUUGGUGGAAAAAGAAUGACUUUGCAAGUUCAGCUGGAAAACCGUUGCUGGUUGACGUGAAGGAUUCAUCGGCACAUCAUAUUUUGUUUGACGACAACAUCAGAACGUGGGAUCCUUGGGAUAACAUAGUUAAUCUUCUUGUCAAGGAGGGACGGCAUUUUAAGACUCAGCACAGCCAAGAAUACCUGGAUGGGAUUUGUAUGUUGAGGACUGAUCUUUUUGAAAGCAUUCUGAAUGAAGAUUACUUUAUUGAAAAAGUUAGCAUGUGCGAGGCAAACUUCAAUCAGUAUCUUUCUAAAUAAAUUAUACUAUUUGUUUUUGCUAUUUGAGAUAUAACAAGCACGUUGAUUGGCUAGCUUCAUAUGACAUUGCACAGAAAUGUAUUACUUAUGUACUGGAAGAAAAAUUUUGAUGCCAAUACAAUAGCUAAGGCCCGGUUCAGACGUCGAUCUUUUGCCGUGUCGAAUUUAAUUGGAAUUGAAGUUGACUCAAAUUCAUUAAAAUUCAACGUCCGUUUCACACGUCGAUUUUAAUGUUGCCGGUCGCAAUUGACAAAAACCAAAAACCGCUGAAAUCUUGAGCCUUUUUAAUUUAUUCAUUAGAUUCGACUCGACAAUAGAUCGACGUUUGAAUCAACGCCGGUCUUUUGCCGUUUCGCGCGACUCGAGCAGUCGACUUUAAUUCUUUGCUGACCUUAAUUAAAUCUGUCAAUCUCAAUUGAUUCAAACGUCACUCUUCUCAUGCACUAAAUGUAAAUAAUUAGAUUCGACGCGACAAAGGAUCGACGUCUGAACUGGGCCUAAGAUACAUCAUAUUUGUAAUUCGAAGUUGCUUUAUAAUCGAAUGUCUGUACCCCAUUAUUUUUAAGUGCCUUAAUGAAUUCACAUUCAUCAUUUAUUGUGUAUAUAUGAACUAAUACUGUUGGUAGUAGAGCAUAACUUGGAAACUGUGCCAGAAAAUUGGUGUCAGACAUUUGUGUUUAUUAUUUAUUUCAUUAGCUUGCAAAAUUCAUCAUGAAAAAUGAAAAUGAAAUUUUUAUAUUUUAUUUAUAUUAUAAUUAUUUGUGAUAAAUUCAAAGUCGUUUGUCUUAUGCUUUCUACUGUAGAAUAGAACUGGAGGCAUAUUGACAGGGCUUAAAAUAAUGGCUGGUCUGUGUACAGUCUUUUGCAUUUGCAGGUGCCAGUCUAUGGAACACAUAAGGAAAAUUACAAGGGAAAUUAAAACAUGUACUAAUUUUGAUCACUUUAAAAAACUCUUAAAAACAUUUCUGUUCCAUGAUGCUUACAAUUUGUAAUAUUUCUAUUUUAAAUUUUUAGUGAUUGUUGCAUAUGUUAAUUUUUACAAAUGGACUGAACAUUUUAUAUAUAAUAUGCUAUUAAUAUAGUUUAUAAUUUUUCAC